AAGAAAAAAAAAAGAAUCAGAAAUUGUGGUUUUCAUUAGCACCCUUCUUCUCGAUUUACCAAUUUGUUCCCGAGAAAAUCAAAAUAAAAAUCAAAAUCAAAAUGAAACAACCACCUCUUUCCAUUUUCUCUCUUCGUCUUCGUCAGAUAAAAAAGCUUCUCUCUCUCUCGUAACGAAUUGAUCAUUCUUUGUGGCACCUACGUAACAGCUUAAUCCGAGCUUCGUUUUUUUCAUCAUUUGUUUCCACUUCCUUAGUGAUGAUGAUCCUGUGAUCUGUUUUCGCCAUCGCGCUCUCUACUUUUUUUUUUUUUUUUUUUUUUUUAAAUUUUAAUUUGGACAAUUUUUCGGGGAUUUCUUCGAUUUUGCUUUUCCGCAAUUCCGAGAGGGAAGCAUCUUCUGUGUUGUUUGUAGCUGAGAGAUACGAAAUUUUUGGCUAUUGCUGUUUUCGUUUCGUUGAACUUUGAUCUGGUGAAUGCUCCGGGGAUAAAUAUUUCCCUGAGCCAGCGGCUCGGGGGAGAUCUGUUAAAAGUCAAAAAGAAUUAUAGGCGAGCAUUGUGGAUUUUGUUUUUGUUUUUUUCCAGCUAUGUCUUCAACGGAAGAUGCUGGUUUAGGCUCAUCUGGACCACAUUCUCUUUACGCUUCUAUGCAGGAGGAUUUCAAACUCUUCGAGACUCAAUCGAACUUUUACAUGAUUGGUUGGGAUAGAAGUGGAGUUUACAGAGUACUAAAGAUCGAUCGCCUUGAUCCUUCUGAGCUUAACAUUAGUCAAGGUUCGACUCCUUAUACGAAGAAAGAGUGCUAUGAGUUGUUAAAACGGAUACACGAAGGGAACAAGGCUACGGGUGGGCUAAAACUUGUGACUCUUUGUUAUGGUAUCAUUGGCUUCAUUAGAUUCUUGGGACCCUACUACAUGCUUCUUAUAACUGAAAGAAGAAAAAUAGGCGAAAUCUUUGGUCACAGCGUCUACGCUGUAUCAAAGAGCGAGAUAGUUGCGUUGCAAAAUUCUACUGUGCAGUGCAACGCUGCUAAUUCAAGAGAUGAAAACAGAUACAAGAGACUCUUGUGUAUGGUGGACCUUACUAAAGACUUCUUUUUCAGCUAUUCUUACAAUAUCAUGAGAAGUUACCAGAAGAAUGUAUGCAAUUACAAGUCCGGACAUAUUCUCUAUGAGAAAAUGUUUGUCUGGAAUGAGUUCUUGACUCGGGGAAUCCGACAUCAUCUUCAAAAUACCCUGUGGACUGUAGCAUUGGUUUAUGGUUUCUUUAAGCAGGCCUCUCUUUCUGAAUCUGGGCGGGAUUUUAAGAUCACUCUUAUUGCUAGGCGUUCCCGUCAUAAUGCUGGAACCAGGUACUUGAAGCGAGGAGUAAACAGAAAUGGCAAUGUUGCCAAUGAUGUCGAGACCGAGCAGAUAGUGUCCGAAGAUGUUCCUGAAUACCACCCUAUGCAAGUGAGUUCUGUUGUGCAGAAUCGUGGCUCAAUCCCUCUUUUCUGGUCACAAGAGACCUCACGACUGAAUCUAAAGCCGGACAUAGUCUUGUCAAAAACGGAACCAAACUAUGAGGCGACUAGACUUCACUUUGAUAACCUUGUAGAACGAUAUGGAAACCCUAUCAUUAUUCUGAACUUGAUCAAGACAAAAGAGAAGAGACCUAGAGAGUCAAUCCUCCGAGAAGAGUUUGUUAAUGCAAUUGACUUUAUAAACAAAGAUUUACCUGAGGAAAAUCGUUUGCGAUUUCUCCACUGGGACCUGCACAAACAUUUUCGGAGCAAAACAACAAAUGUCUUGGCACUCCUCGGCAAAGUAGCUGCCUGUGCAUUGAUGCUAACAGGUUUAUUUUACUAUCAAGUCACACCAGCCAUGAAGAUUGAGGGUUACAUGAGCUUGUCUUCUUCUUCUGAUGCUGACACUGGAGAUAUAUCUCCACACACUAGUUCUGAUGAUGAUAAUGAGGAUCAUGAUAGCCUUGAGAAGAAAUCUAGUAGGAGUAAGAAUAUAGCUAAUACAAAAUGUGAUGUCAAGCCACCCAGGCUUCAGAGUGGCGUUCUUAGGACCAGUUGCAUUGAUUGCCUUGACCGAACAAACGUAGCACAAUAUGCAUAUGGUUGGGCUGCUCUUGGGCAGCAGAUUCAUGUAUUAGGAAUUAGAGAUGUACCAGCCAUAGAACUUGAUGAUCCUUUGGCUAUUUCGUUAAUGGGGCUGUAUGAGAGAAUGGGCGACACACUAGCUCAUCAGUAUGGCGGAUCCGCAGCCCACAACAAGUUUUGUAAAAUAUCUCUUGCUUGA